CUCAGUCAUUGACCCUCGCAUAUUGAACAGAUAUGGCGGCGAAUCACCCAAUCCAUAUCCAUCCUGCUCGACCUUUUUACCGCUUCGCGGCGACUGCCCUGGGCGCGAGCAUGUGGUUUUUCCUGAUGUAUCGGGCUAAGAAGGACGGGCCUGCUUUGCUUGGUUGGAAGCACCCGUGGGAUCAUUGAGCGCUUGGUACCAACAUUGAUUGCACCGCCGAUUAUCACAAUACCACAGACGUUAGGUAAUAGAAUGGACAUGUAUCAAUAGCUUGUCUUAUCUUCUAUGUGAAAACAGCGGGUAUAAUACAGCGGAACCAGGGUCUAUCUACUCAUAUCCUCAAGCAGCGUUUUAUAUUGACGGCGCUGUUUUUGAUGGCCUGGCCGCAUAAGUACCUGUAAGCGUCCGAUAAUACGAGCAAGUUGAGG